UUUCCGACAGUCCGUGAAGGCAGCCGCUGAAGAGGAAGGGUUCCUGUUAACGUCUCUGCUCAUGUAAAGCGAUCUGAAUGCUUCGGCUUCGUCAACAUGGUCUUGAAUGUUUAUUCAGGCCGUUUCCAGUUUGAUCCCCACCUCGUAACUUCCUCGCAGGCGUGCUAACACAUUCCUAAUGGAGUCUUUUAACGAGCCCAGCUAGCCUCGCUGCGGACAUUGUUUUCGUCGUAGCCACAAUCGGCUAACCAGUCGUCGUGUUAGCGAACAUGGCGAUUGUGUCUGGCUCCUGUGCCAGGGUGAACGGCUCCAGAAACGGGCCUUCGGUGUCGGCCACGACAGCCUCCGGCUCCGUGGGGCAGUCUCAGCCCAUGAUAGCGGUCUGGGAGUGGCAGGACGACCUGGGCUACUGGCGGCCUUACAGCGGCCAGGUUAGCGCCUACAUCGAGCGGUGUCUGUCACCGCGCGGCCACCGGGGAGGCGGAGGAGCCGGAGGAGCCGGAGGAGCCGGCGCUACAAGCAUCUGCCUCGGACAGUCGGACCCCAGCCUGUCGCCCUACCUCAUAGACAUACCGAGCCUGAAGCAGUUCCGACAGGACACAGGAAAGACGCGCUCCGUGCGCCGGUCCCUGUUCGCCCAGUCCUCCGGCCUCGGCAGCGGCGUCUACUGGGAAUGGGCCAACGACGAAGGCAGCUGGACUCCGUACGAAACCCGGACUUCCAUCCUUUUGGAGCACAGCUAUCAGGCGCGCCAGGGCACGGCCGACCUCGGCCCCCACGGAUACAACUACAUUGUGGACCUGACGUCUCUGGCUCAGGUCAAUAAAUCAACGGGCUUCAGGCGGCAGGUGCGGCGGCAGUGCAACCUGCCCUACCCACUGGCCUCCUCCGUGCCCCCUCCCCCCACCUGUUCCUGCCAGCAGUGUCUGAGCUACAGCAGCACAGGACCGAUGCCCAGCCGCUCGCGACAUUCCUUCUCCUCCAGUAGCCUGAACCGGCCCAUCCUCCAGGGGACGGGGAGGGUCGCUGCUGCUCACCCCGCUUCCGUCUACUCGCCCUACCCCAGGAGACCCCUCUCUGUGGGGGGGAUGUCUUGGGGCAGCCCCUGGCCGCUGCCGCCCUCGGCUGGUCAGAUGUCUGCGCCUCAUCUGAGCAGCUCUCCAAGUGCUAACGGGUUAAGUGUUCCUUCCAUCUCUGUGCAGCUGAACGGCUCCACCAGCGUGAGCUCUGCCCUGGCAGGCAUGGCCUCCAUUUUGAUGUCAGCGGUGGGACUCGGCGUGCGCUUCACCUCCGCCCCCCUCCCUCAGCAGCAGCCCCUGCAGCAGCAGCAGCAGCAGCAUCAGCAGCAACAACCUGCUCCUUUUGCUCUUCCUCCUCCUCCUCCUCUCCUCCCCACAGCCAGCAGGCCCCACAGCAGCAGCAGCAGCAGUUCAGUUAGGAGAGCAAAGAGGCAGCACAGGAGAGCGCCAGCCCAGAGGUCUGAAGACGUGAUCCAGCGCUACAUGGAGGUCGUGGCCGACGCUCCAGAGGAGGACUGCAUCAUCUGUAUGGAGCAGCUGUCCAAUCCGUCCAGCUACGAGACGCCGCCAUCAGAGGAGGGAGGCCAGAGCAUCGUGCCGGAGGCCGUGGGGAAAUUCAUCAAGUGUGGACACACCCUGCACAUGCUCUGCAUGCUGGCCAUGUACAACAACGGAACAAAGGACGGCAGCCUGCAGUGUCCGUCCUGCAAGACCAUCUAUGGAGAGAAGACCGGCACGCAGCCCAAAGGCAAGAUGGAGAUCUACAGCGUCGCUCAGUCGCUGCCUGGUCACCCCGACUGCGGCACCAUCCAGAUCAUCUACAGCAUCCCGCCUGGGAUACAGGGCCCGGAGCAUCCCAACCCAGGACAGCCGUUCACCUGCAGGGGGUUUCCUCGCUUCUGUUUCCUCCCCGACAACGACAAGGGCAGGAAGGUCCUGGAGCUGCUGAAGGUGGCGUGGAUGCGGCGCCUGAUCUUCACCGUGGGAACGUCCAGCACCACUGGGGAGCAGGACACGGUGGUGUGGAACGGCAUCCACCACAAAACCGAGAUGAUGUCCAACCUGUCGGGCCACGGCUACCCCGACCCAAACUACCUGGACAACGUUCUGUCAGAGCUGGCCUCGCAGGGCGUGACAGAGGACUGCCUCAAACCUCUGGGCAGCAGCAGUUAGGUCGCAGCUUCACACAUUUCCACUCCACUGCAAACCUCCAGCUCAGCUCUCAGCUGAGGGAAAAAGAAAUAAACACAACCAUAAUCUCCGCAGAGAA